AUGAAUCGCGACGACGAUGCUAUCGAUAGAGCGGGUCUGCUGUCAUCAGACAACGAACGAGAGGUUGGCAGCUACUCGAGACCAUUCCGAAGAGAUCCUUCGCCCAAUGUGUUGCAUUCCAACAUUGUCCAGCCCGGCAAAGGCACCAGCACACUUCAUUCCUACUCGACCGGGUCGCAAUCCACCCAUAAUGGCAUGGCGACGCCCAGAUUCCUGGGUGCCUAUCGUGGAUCAUCAGCAAACUCCGAGUCGGAUUUGAGCGUCCACUCAUCCUCCCAGUUCAGCUAUGCUAGCAACGGCGAAAAAGCUGCAUUCGCUGCCAAGGCUGGAGCGGCUCCCCUGGGCUCCAACUUUGAAGAUGACGAAGAUGACUGGCUCCACGACCCUAAAGCCAAGAGCAGGGCAAGCGGCGAUUCCUUCGCUUCCAUGCGAGGAAUCUUGAACGUAGGCACUCUGCUCCUCAUCGGGUUGUGUCUCCUAAUGCUCUUUCUCGGAUACCCUGUCAUCAUCCAGCUUCGCAAGAAUCACGCAGACGGUACCGGCUCCUCAUCCCUCUCCACCACCAACACCUUCACCACGUUCCCUACGCAGAUGAAGCGCGGCUUGAUCGACCAAGAGACGCCACAGACAGCCUACCAGCGCACUUCGCCCACCGACAAUUCCGGCUGGCAUCUCGUCUUCAGCGAUGAGUUCAACACUCCCGGACGCACCUUCUGGCCGGGCGACGAUCCCUUCUUCGAAGCGUUUGAUGGUUACUAUGCAGGAACGAGGGACUACGAGUUCUAUACGCCGGAAGCCAUCAAUACCACGGACGACGGCAAACUUCAGAUAUCUUUCGAGGAGAAGGAGAUCAAGAAUCUGAAUUUCCGUUCGGGCAUGUUACAAAGCUGGAACAAGGCCUGCUUCACAGGAGGCUACCUCGAAAUCAGAGCGCAAUUGCCAGGCGCUCCUGACACCGCCGGCUUCUGGCCCGGUCUAUGGUUGAUGGGUAACCUCGGCCGACCAGGAUAUAAUGGCGUGAAUGAAGGCAUCUGGCCGUAUUCGUACGCUGGCUGCGACACUGGUGCGUUACCGAACCAGACCUGGAUCAACGGUACAGGUCCCCAACAUGCUAUCUACGCAAACGGAGAAUUCUCCUACCAGGUCAACCACAAGCUUUCGUAUCUGCCAGGAUUGCGCUUCCCCGCCUGUACCUGUCCAGGUGAGGACCAUCCUGGCCCAAACAACAACGUCGCGCGCAGCAGCCCAGAGCUCGAUAUGCUCGAGGCCACGAUCGGAGCAAAAGGCGGACAGUCCUCUCAGUCGCUCCAAGUAGCGCCUUUCGACGUUGACUACUUUUACAACAAUGUCUCUGGAACGGAUUACAUCGUCCAUGACACGGACACCACCAAAAUCAACGGCUACCACGGAAACGAGCUGCAAGAAUCGGUGUCUGCGCUUGCUGCAAUUCCUGAUCGAGCUUAUCAGAGGUCUCCAAACGCGGACUUUGUCAACUUCGCGGUCGAGUGGGAGCCGGACAUGAAUGGCGACGGUAAAGGAUUGGAUGGCGAAAGUGAGGCAUACAUCACGUGGUUGAUUGAUGACAAGCCCACCUGGACGUUGAAGGCAAGCGCAUUGACUGGGGUCCCGGAGUUGGAUAUCAGCAGAAGAUUAAUCCCAAGGGAAGCCAUGUCGAUGAUUCUCAACCUUGGCAUGGCUUACAACUUCCAGCCUCCGAAUUGGAGGACUCUGGAGUUCCCGGGCACGUUGAAGAUCGACUACGUACGCAUGUACCAGCGGGAUGGGCGCCCGGACCGUGUUACUUGCGAUCCGAAGGACUUCCCUACCAGAAAGUAUAUCGAGAGGCACCAGGAUAUCUACCAGAAUGUCAACAUCACCACCUGGCCUAAGGAUCGCCUUCCAAAGAAUAGGUUGACCCACCCUCAAUGCUGA